CUUAGCAACUUGGCAAAGGGGACUGACGUAUUGCUAAACGAACGCUUUUUGUUCCGUCAGCGAACUUGUAGGUUUUAAAUAUACUUAACGUUUGCUAACCACGGCUAUCGAGAGGGCAGCUCUUGCGGUGUGUAUUUAUAUUUUCCUCACUCUAUAUUUAUUGUCCAAGCACAUUUAAUCCUAAGGAGAAGCAACACGUUUUCAGCGAUGUCAGCCGAACUGAGAGAGCGCUUUAAUAAGUUUUUGAACGAAAAGAACUUUGUAACGGAUUUGCUUGGGAAGGUCGAGCAGAGCACAGGAAUUCAAAAACAGUACAUUGCAUCAGGUGCAUUGGGUAUUAUCGGGCUGUAUCUAAUCUUUGGGUAUGGAGCUUCCCUUCUCUGCAACCUGAUUGGAUUUGUGUAUCCAGCUUAUUUCUCCAUCAAAGCCAUCGAGAGUUCCAACAAGGAGGAUGACACCAAGUGGCUGACGUACUGGGUGGUGUACGGACUCUUCAGCUUGGCGGAGUUCUUCUCAGACAUCUUUCUCUUCUGGUGCCCUUUCUACUAUGCUGGGAAGUGUCUGUUCUUGGUGUGGUGCAUGGCUCCAGUCUCCUGGAAUGGCUCCCAGGUGUUGUACACUCGUGUGGUGCGGCCGUUCUUCCUGAAACACCAGGCGACGAUGGACAGCGUGGUCAAGGAUUUCAGCAGCUCCGCCAAGAAUGCCGCUGACACGGUCACAAAAGAAGCUGUCAGGAUAGCCGCCUUCACCCACGACAAGACCCAGUAAGCUGACAAAGGAAUGAAAGACCCGAAAACACUGCGCAGGACUUUAGUGUGAUGCCCCUCACGACCACGUGGGGUUCUCACGCAAACCGAGCCACUGGUACCAUACUCGCUGUUGCAUUGUGGGGGAUUAAACAGGAUGCUCUCUCUGUAAGAGCUACAAGGGAAACCCACAUUCUCACAAAGACAGGGCGAAAUCACACACAUGGAGUAGUGCUUCUUAAGGUAGACCACUAACUCACUAACUUCAUAAAAAUCAUAUCAAUGAAUGUGAUUAUAAUUUUACUUUCGGUGAAUCCAUUGGGUCUUUAAUUGUCAGUCAGUGCAAUGUCUCAUUUUCUUGGGUUUCAGAGGGAGAGAGAGCAGUGAUUUUUACAUUAGGCCCUCAGAAUGUUUUUAAAUGUUAACUGUUUACAUUUUUAAAAAAAUGUUUCUCUCCCUCAACCUGUCUAUCAAGGCUGUUUUCUGUUUAUCCCUGUAUGUCUAUAUUUGUGUGUGUGUGUGUGUGUGUGUGUGUAAUAUACUUGUUUUGAUCUUUGUCUUCAAAGAAUUAAACUGGAACUAGCUUAUGAAUCCUCACAUUGAUUUAUGAGGAUGUUUACUUUGUACAAUUUUAUGUCAUUUGUACAAAUAUCUCACAGGUACUGUAAUCACAUCAGGCAGGACACUGUUGAUCAGCCACCUUGAUGCUUUACUCUCAAGGGUAACAAUGUAAAAUAACUGUUAUCUGGUUUACAUUCAGAAGAAAUAAAACCAGGAAAUAUGAAUAUGAAUACAAUGUUGUGCAUAAUUAAUUUGUCAUGGGGAAACUAAAUUAAAUGAACAACACAAUAUACUCCUGGUUCCCUCAGAAAGACUGAGUUUCAUUGAGCCAUUGCAAAAUUAAUCUUGUAUUCUUGAUUUUUAUGCACAGCAUAGGUAGUUUUGCACUACUGUGAUAAAAACAUGUGACAGGCUUGUCGCAAAAAAUGUGUAUGGUUAAGUGCCGUAGGUUUGGCUUCUGUUGUCAUUUUCCAGCAAUUACUUCAUCAUCUUUGCGUGAUAAUCUUUUGUCCUUAUUGCUUUUCUAAU